UGUACGACAAGGAUACCGGUAGGUCCUUUCAGAGAGCUCGUGGCUCGUGUGCAGCAGCCGCAUUUCGUUGGACAUGACUUUCUUUCAUCACGACGUAUCGACCACGAACGUCACCUUCCUAUCGGCUCUUUCACCUGCAGUUUGCGUAAACGUUUCCGCGAGCCUUUUCAAACAGAAACAGUUACUGGUCCUUGUAAUUGUCGCUGUCGAAGUAUUUAGCUUAGUGAAGUAAGUCUCAGUGGCCUUGUAUAAGCAUACAAGACUUAGUGUUGCCCUAGCAUUGACCCCUUCGCCUGCGUACAGCCACUGGACCAGUAUAGCUACUCUCAAUUCCCCCCGACUACUACUACUACUAGUACUAGUCUAGGCGGUGUGCUGGUCGAACAAUGUCAGCGUUCAGCUCUUGUUGUGUUGUGGCCAGCACCUUGGAAGUGAGGAGAGCCGCCAGAGAGAAGGCACAGAGCGCCAAGACGCUUCCAGCGGAAGAACAUCGGGUACAGGUUCCCGAGAACAAUGUCAAUCGUGCUGUAAAGGCGUUCCAGCAGAGGCUGAUAGUCCCGUUUCUGUCAGGAUCAUCCAGGUGGCAGUCGCAGCAGCAAGAGCAGGAGCGCUGCGAUGAAGUUUCUAAGUCUAAUGGACGUGAAGACACCUCUGCGUAAUGCCCUGGCCGUCGCGCUCUUUCUGGCGGUGGCUCACGCAGCAAGCAUCGCAGAAUUGUUCGAUUCGUCUCUAGCCGCGAGGUCUGAAGGUUAUCAUGUCCGCCAUGCGAAUACUCUACUUGGUCGCCUCUCGCGAAGUAGCAGCAGUAGCGGCGAUGAUGCUGAAUCUCGGGACGAUGCUAAUCGGGAAACGUCAUCGGAGAACGACGGGAUCGACAGCGAAGAUACUGAAAGCGACAACGAUAACGACGAGGCAGAUCUCGAUGAGGAGAACUCCGCCGAUGGCGACGCAGAAGAUGGACUCCCCUCGAUCGAAGAAGACCAAAGUCCAAUUGAGCCCACCUUGAAUGGAGAGUACGUGAGUACGACGGACUCAGAGGGAACAACACAAGGGCCGAUGGAAACCUCGGGCAGCGUCGCGCCAACAGCGCCAACAGCAUGUCCCCCGAGCCAGACGUGCCAGCAGGAGGACGUUCUUGGCAAUGGCGGCGGAGAGCUGACACCAUCAGCUGCGUACACGGCCGUUUUCAACAUCUUCACACCCAGCAUUUUCGACCGAUCCGUUCAGAUCCUGCUGGACGAGGCUAGUAAUCCUGCUAUCGCAGGCUGUGGCCAAGAUUUCACACCGUUCAACGAGACGAUGCUGAGAGUUACGCAGAUCGACAGUCCCGCAGUCAUAGACUACUUCUUUCCCGAGCCACUGGUGGCUGGCCAGCAGCGGACGCUGGAGAAUGCCCGCGUUCACUUCACGCUGCCCGGCCUGGGCACGUUCGGCAGUCUGCAGCUGCGCUUCUUCUACGACCCUGUCGGAAUGCUCGAUACCACCCAGCAGCUGAUACAGCCUCCCGACCAGGCCGAUCCGGACGUCUUCUUCCCGUUUCCCAUCAUUCAAACGGUGUGCACAGAGAACCCAGCUGAAUGCGCAGUGGACAUGCCAACACCACCACCUCUGAUACCCAUACCCGAUCCUCUGCCCGUACCGAGCGGGAACGACCUGGCGACGAUUGCGGUGCCUACAGCUUUCUCCGCCCAGUGCAUUGGCUAAUGGAACUUGAGAUCGACGCACGUGUAACUAUCUUGAACCACACACACACACACACACAUGCACACAAAAAAAAGAUCAUUGAAUUCGUAUAAGCAUGCCGGCAGCUUCAUUACAUUGACAGAGUGAUCUGUGUACAAAGAGCACAGUCAUUGUAAUCUUAUUUACAUCAAUACUGUUUGAAUGGCCUGCCUUUCAUUCGCUUGCAAGUCCAUGUGAUUGUAGGAGAGUGUCUUGACUGGUCAGAUCAUGGUUUUCUAGGGCUUGAACAUUUUUCAAUAUCAUGAUUUUGUGUUGUUUUGGUGAAGUGGAAUAUGCAUGCUAUUUGUGCAAGUAAUUCCACACCAUGUUGAUUUCUGUGGAAUCAACAGAGUGUGCAGGCGAACUGUAGCAUAAUUGGUCGCUGCAUAUUGGAAAUUGAGAGUGCGUAUACGUACAUGG